AGCAAGACAUCUAAUACUACUAAUAGAAACAUUGUAUCAUGGACACCUCACUUAUGUUAUCACCCCUGUCGGUGAAUGCCAACAAGACUAUAGAAUCAAGCUACAAGCUUGCCCUUAAACAGUUUAUGAACAAGAACCUUGCCAAAUCCUUCACUUUGAUUCAUCAACUUUAUCAGUCAUGCUUUGCAGAGUAUGCCAAGAGCUCGAUAUCAGAAAACUUACUUAUUAAGAUUAUUAACUUAUACCUUAUUGAAGUAGGUGUUGGGAUUAAAGAAGGCAAAUUUGACAAGGCAAACCGUACGCUUGCCUUGAAUUCCAUCACCAGCAAUGAAUUGAUCAACCAAGUAAAACUGGUGUAUGAAACAGUGAUCCCUCUGGAAAUCUUGUACAAUUACCACUUGGUACAUAUAUCCAACCAGGAGCUUCUCAUUACUGACAAGCACAGUUAUUUGAGCGAGUUGAAACUGAAUUAUAUGAAGGUGACUGGCGAAGGCAAGUACGAUAGAAAGUUCAUGCAAUUAGUCGUGUUUGAAAUCUUACCUACAUUUGAUGAAUUCACAGCGGCACAAAAUAUCCUUCUGAUAAACCCCAUGUUUGAUGCCCAGGACUAUGCGAAAUUAAUGGAUAUUCAGUCGAACAAAGCAGAAAUUGUCCAGCAAGAGAAACUCAAGCAGCAGGAGUUAAAACGGUUGGAACAAGAAGAAAAAGAGAAGGAACUUGAAAAACAGCGACAAUUGCAGAAGGACCUGAAUAUUAAAUAUAAGUCAAUAAAGGAAAUUCAGAAACAGUAUGCAUCAGAAAGUGCCAAACCAAAUGUGGGAACGGUUGCCAGUGGGAACAAACUUACUGAAUUAAGAGACAAGUUGUGGUAUCUUACAAACUUACUCAAGAUAUAUGUCAAGGAUAAUUCUUUGAUUAUCAUUGUCGUGUUGAUAUUGUUGUUUGUUUCCAAGAGAUUUAUCAAUACCAAGAAGAUAAACUUGAAGGAUAAGAUUGUAGAUACUGUUAAAAUGGCCUUCAAAUUUAGUUAUGUGUAGUUUAUAGAUUGGCUUAUUAUCUAACUUAAUUCUAUUGCAUUCGUU